CGCCCUUUGUGUGCACCACUUCUUAAAGCUGGUGAAUCCACGACAGAGAGUCAGUUGUUGUUCAGGCUGUUGAGGAGAAGCAGGUCGGGCCAAGAGGAAAGACGAGCAGGACAGGGUCAAGAUGCGGUUCUUGGUGGCGUGCGCUGUCCUGCUGUGCCUGAGCGCAGCAGCGGAAGAGGAAACGGUCUCCGUCCAGCUCCAGCAGGGCACCAUCGAAGGCAGCAUGGGGGUGGCCAAGGGGGGGAAGCCCUUCUACAAGUUCCAGGGCAUUCCCUACGCCGAAUCCCCCGUCGGGAAUCUGAGGUUUAAGGACCCGCUGCCUGCCGGGGCGUGGGAGGGCGUGAGGAAGGGUUCCAUAGCCCCGCCCGCAUGUCCUCAGCCUCAUGAGUUCUUCCCUAUGGAGACCAAUGAAGACUGUUUGUUUCUCAAUGUAUUCACACCUCGGCCGUACAAGUCGGACCUCCCUGUCAUGGUGUGGUUUUUCCCCGGAGGUUUCGUAAUGGGUAGCAUGGAUUUAUAUCGACCAGAGUAUUUGGUUGCGAAGGACGUGGUGUAUGUCACCGUUCAGGGCCGUAUCGGAGUCCUGGGAUUCCUUUCAACUGGGGACUCUGAGCUCCCAGGCAACCUAGGGCUGAAGGACCAGACAUUAGCUCUCAAGUGGGUUCAGGACAACAUCCAUGACCUUGGUGGUGACCCAGACAAGGUCACCAUCUUUGGAGUGAACACAGGAGGCGUAUCUGUGCACUACCACAUUUUGUCUCCAAUGUCAAAAGGUUUGUUUAAGCGAGCCAUCAUCCAGUCAGGAACGGCUCUGUGCUCUUGGGCAGUUCGAGAGGACCAUAGAUACAUGGCAAAUCAGCUCGGUAGCUUCGUAGACUGUCCUGGAGCGACGGAGAAUCUGAAUUCUGCAGACCUUGUUGACUGCCUGAAGAAGGUCCCUGUUGAUCAGCUGACUGCUGCAUUGCUCAAACUGCCAUCGCCUUAUGUGAUGACUCCCCGUGUGGAUGGUGAGUUUCUCCCGGACCAUCCAGCCACACUGAUCAGGGAAGGCCGCUACAACCGUGUCGACAUCAUCGCCGGCAGGACACGAGACGAAGGCGCUCUUAAUGUUCGAACGUUCUUGCAAGACGGCACAGUGGAUGCUAUGAUCAAAGACUUCAGCAUAUUAGGUCCCUAUUUAAUGGGAUUGAAUUUUUGGGACGACAACAUCGACUUCAUUGGCCGCCUCAUUUUCCACCGUUACAUGGGUCCCAUGGAGUUUGACAUGAGCAAGGUCAACACCCUGGUCAAGCUGCUUGGCGACGGCUAUUUCAAUAUAUGCGUCAUGGAUGCUAUAGAAAACCAUGCAAGAGAUACAGCCUUUGGCAAUCGUGUCUACGCCUACGAGUUGCAGCAUCGUGGACAAUACACCUUCACCGACCUAUACAUGGGACCUACACCUGAUUGGAUUUUGAACGAUGUUAGCCACAUGGACGAUUUGCAGUACCUGUUCAACUUUGACAAUCUCAAUAUCAGCUUGAGUAAGGAAGAGGAUCUCUUCGUUUCCCGUAUCAUGGUAGACCUUUGGACCAACUUUGCCGUUACUGGCGACCCAACGCCGGACAUGUCAUUGGGAUUCAAAUGGACCCCGACUGAGGUCUCGAAGACGUCUUACCUCGGCAUCACCACAUCCCCAACUAUGAAGGUCUUCGACAAUCACCAGGACUUGGAAUUCUGGAGGAACCUACCAAAGAAGAUGAACAAGUUGCUGUAUCCAGAGCGCUUUCACAAGAACUAAACCUAGGAAGCAGUAGCUGUUACCAUACCAUACCAUGAUGCAGCCAUAUCAGUUAUGAUU